ACUAUCGCCAUGUCAGCCCCCAUGCUGUACGAAAACAAAGCCCAGGUGCUCUACGGGCCUAAGGAUCUCCGUUUGAUCUCCCGCCCAAUUCCGCCCCCGGCAGCGGACGAAGUUCAGGUCGCAAUCCGAAGUACUACCCUCUGCGGCUCGGACGUGCACUACUACACGCACUACGCCAACGGCGACAUCAAGAUCCGCGAACCCUUAUCCCAGGGCCACGAAUCCGCCGGCGAGGUCGUCGCCCUCGGCCGCGACGUCACGGCGCUCCACAUCGGCGACCGUGUGGCCCUCGAAGUCGGCGUGCCGUGCGAGCUGCCGAGCUGCGAUGAGUGCGACACCGGGCGGUACAACCUCUGCGGGCAGAUGCGGUUCCGCAGCAGCGCCGCCCGCUUCCCGCACUUCCAGGGCACGCUGCGCGAGCGGGUGAACCACCCGGCCCGGUGGUGCCACCCGCUGCCGGUGGACAUGUCGUGGGAUGCCGGCGCGCUGCUCGAGCCGCUGUCCGUUGCGGUGCAUGCCGUCCGGAAAGCGGGCCUGAGGCCGGGCGCGAGCGUGCUGGUGGUGGGUGCCGGUGCGGUGGGACUGAUGUGCGCGGCAGUCGCAAAGGCGGCAGGGUGCGCCGACGUGACCAUGACGGAUAUUGCGGCCAACCGACUCCGCUUUGCCCUGGAGAAUGGCUUCGCAGACGCCACCAGCGUGGUGGCGCCCCCAAAGAGGAACAGCGUGCCGACGCUGGAAGAUGGGCUGGCGUCAGCACGAGAGAACGCGGUACGAGCCACGGAAGCAAAAACAACGGCUACAAGCAAAGGUGGCAAGUUCCACGCAACCUUUGAGUGUACGGGCGUGGAGAGCUGCGUGCAGACAUCGAUUUACGUAUGUCCUCCAGCUCGUGCAACGCGACCAGGCGGCAAAGUCCUUCUCAUCGGCCUUGGCGUGCCUAUCGAAACCCUCCCUAUGUCCGUCGUGGUCCAGCAUGAGGUCGACCUUGUAGGCGUUUGGCGCUAUGCAAACACGUACCCCCGUGCGCUCGAGAUUAUGCAGGCCGCAGGCAAGGAGGGCACCAACGUCCCCGACUUGCAGAAGCUGCUGACACACCGCUUCCACGGGCUCGAGACGGCCCCCAAGGCGUUUGUCACCGCUGCGCGGACGACCGACGACGACGGGGAGGUGGUUAUCAAGGUGGUGGUGGUGGUGAACAAUUGAUUCUUCCGUUUACCGUGUGCGUGCCUAGUUUCCACUUGCAUGCCUGGAGGGCCCAAUGAUAGAAUAGAUCCCUGAGAUUGCCAUGGAGCGCUUACAACAUGUUAAAGUACCCUUAUUGACAAUUUGCCUGCCUUGUUUUUUUUACUUUCG